AUUCUCAGAACUCAGAGCUGACGCUUCUUCAAAAGGCUGCAGUGAUCGAGUUCGACAGGAAAACAAACAUGUUUUUGUCAUCAAGGGAGACAAAAACACUUUUGGACUGCCUGGCAGUAACUUUGGACCAAACAAAGUAAAGAGGAAACCAAGGGGUACAGAUGUUUGGGGAGCUUCACCUGAGAGUAAAAGCUGGUGAAUUUAACUAAAACUGCAAGCAGAGCAGAUAAAAGACAAACAUCUCGUCAUACCUGACCGCUCACUGUCACCUGGAGGUGUGGCAGAAAACCAGGUGUUCAUUUAACUCGACAUUCUUCCUGUUGAGCUCCAACAUUCACGAUGCUGCGCUUGGUGCUGCUGCUGCUGCUGCUGCUCGGCGCCACACAUGCCUCUCACUUUUUGGGCACAAUGAUGACCUACUACCCAAAGCAAACUCAUGCAGAUGGAUCCGUAACGGUGAGUUUACGCUACAAGCUGGGCUUCACCUCCUGCUACCACUUUGACAUAUGGAGCUGCUAUGGUUCCUGUGGGAGCCUGCCAUAUGUCCAGUGGGAUCGCACCCUGCAGGAGGUCGACAUGGAGCCCAGUGGAGAGUGGUGUCAGCGAGAAGGAACCGUGACUACGGUCAUUUUUCCAAGCUCUUUAACCCAGCUUGUGUUUGCUGGUGGCAACUGGAUAUAUUACAUCCAAAAUAAYGUUGUGUCUUGGAGAGCUUUGACUUUUGUGGAACUGGGAAAACGAUCGGAUACCAGGAAGCCAAACGCUUCCCCUCAGAGCACCAUCAUGCCAGCGGUGAGGGUUCCUUCAAACUGUCAAAGAGAUUACGACUUGAUGGCGUUUGACCCUGACGGAGACAAUGUUGAAUGCAGAUUUGGAUCUGAUUCACUGUAUGAAUGUAACCCUUGUGCUCCUCCGUCUAUCCUAAACCUGUCAUCAUCCUGCACUCUCUCCUUCAACAGAACCAAUAGCACCAGUGAAGGUCAGUAUGCAGUGCAGCUGGUGCUGGAGGAUUUCCCAAAGCAAACAAUUACAUUGACCAAUGUUCACGGGGUUCAAACAACCAAAACGACCAGUCAGGCCAUCAGCAAAGUACCACUCCAGUUUGUUUUACAUGUGGACCCUGUUGUACCAUCCUGCACAGAAGGAUUGUUUCUUCCAAAGUUUCUACCUCCAACUCCAGCAAACAGAGCCAAGAUGUCCACCAGGGUGAACCAACCCCUGGAAAUUAGCAUCGCUGCCGAGGCUGCUAAUGCUACAAUCUCUGAGCUGCUGUUCAGCGGGCCGGCCAAUGUGGUUAAGAAUUCAUCGGGAUCUGGAAACUUCACUCUGAGUUGGACGCCAUCAGUUAGUGAAGAAGGAGAGAGCCACCCCAUCUGCUUCGUCGUCCAGGCAACGCUAAAUUCAGAGAAGUACCACUCUGAGCUUCGAUGCGUCAUUGUGCAGGUYGAGCUUGGGAUGGUGGUUCGAGUCAACAUGAAGGUUCUGACUUCAUUGUCACAGGGAGGAAUCGUCAACGAAGUCGUCCUGCAGAAGGUUAAAGAUGAGCUGGUGAGUCUGGGUCUGCCGUCCAACAGCUCUCUGCUUCUGCUGAAAAGCAGCAGUGCGCUGGCCAAUGCAACAGCGGCCUCUGGUGUUUAAUCAUGGAAAGUGCAACGUGUCCACACAGGGGUUUUUACUGCUGCAGCUUUUAUACGUUUCAUCAUUGGAGUGAAUAUAUUUACUGAUUUUAUCCACAAUUUAUGCCUAACGUUUCGAUCCAUUUACUCAAUAUUUGUAUUUUUUUUAGAUUCUACUGAGGUUUCCGUAUGUUUUUCUGCUUUUUGAUAAAACAUGCUGAAUAGUUUUAGGAAGACACUCUUUGUAACUUAAUAAUCUCAAUAAAAUCAAACAUUUUGACUAUU